GAAGAUGAUAAUUUUAGUCUCCGAGCACUGGAAUGCUCAGUAGGGAUGAGUUUUUGCUUUGAAAUUAAGAACUAGAGAAGGCGACAGAUGCAAUGUCCCAUUUCAGUCUAAUGACUUCCAAGAUAGCUUCUGUGGGUGGGGGCAGUAGCAGUAAGGUGCAGCAGUUGCUGGAGGGACUGCAGAGUGGGGAUGAGAGUGUGCAGCUGCAGGCGGCGCUGGAGAUGUGUCAGCUGCUGGUCAUGGCCAACGAGGACGACACCCACCCCGACCUCACCCCCACUUCCUCGGCGGCUGCUGCUGCACAUUUGGGAGGGGGAGGUGCUGCCGGGUUCCCCACCAAACAGACAGUGGCUGCUCUGAGUGAUUUGUUGGGUAAAGAGCACAACUUCGAGCUGAUGAAUGUGGCCUGCAGGGCUCUCACCUACCUCAUGCAACUCUUCCCCAGAUCCACCACAGUCGUAGUGGACUGUGUGCCUCUGCUGCUUCAAAAGGUUGAGCACAUAGAGUGUAUGGAUGUGGGGGAGCAGAGUGUGUGCGCCCUGGAGAUGUUGUCGCGCAGACACCACCGCACUCUGCUGCACGCGGGCGCCAUCCACGCCACCCUCCUCUACCUAGACUUCUUCUCCAUCCAGGCACAGCGCAGUGCCCUGUCGGUGGUGGCCAACUGCUGUCAGAGUGUCACCUCCCCCUCCCUCCUCCACUCCAUCUCAGCCAGUCUGCUGGAUCUGGGCUCCCGUCUAGCGGCAGUGAGUGGCUGCACCACAAGUGGCCAGGGGGCCGGUGGGGACAGCAAGUGCACCCACAGCAUAGUGCUGGCAUUCUCCCGCCUAGUGGACAACUUCAUCCUCGACCACAACACACUCGACCUCAUCCUGUCCCCCUCACUACUCCUCACGCUCCAACAACUGUUGUCGAGCUCUCCGCCUGUGCUGACUGGCCAGUGUAGUCGGCUGGUGGUGCGUCUGCUCUCUUCUGUGGCCGGCAGCAGUGCUAGUCUGGCCACACAGCUCCUCCGCAACCACAUCCACUCCACAAUUCUACACUUGCUCAUAGGACCCACAGCCGCCUCUGCUCACUCCUCCCCCGCCAACCCAGUCAAUACUCCCCCCGACCCCAAUUCACCCAAUCAAUUCGAGGCGCCCCCUCCAUCCACGCCCAUUCUGGAUAUGUUUACAGAGGCUGGCAGCAGAAAAUCUCCCUCUCCCAAUGGGGAACUCAGAAUACUCCCAAAGAACUCCCAAGAGCUGUUGGAAAUCACAACCCUCAUAUACAAUCUGAUGCCCAGUGUGCCGCCGGACGACAAGGGACUGCAUGAAGUGGACGACCUGCUCUCUACCCCCAAUCCACUGGCCCCCCUCUCUGCUCGGAGGAGUGAGUGGCCCAGCAGCAACAAUGCUGCAAAUGGGGGAGAAGAGGCCCCCAUGCACACUAGUAAUGCAUGUCACUCCCAACAACCAGGAGAGGGAGCAGAGGGUGGGUGUGGGGGAGUGUUGGAGGGCGAAGGGGAGCUGUGUGGUCUGUUUGUGAGAAGUCUCUUCCCCUGUCUGUACCACAUGUACUCAUCAUCUGCAGCAGCCAAACAGGUGAAGCACAGAGUGUUGCAGUCGAUCAGACGCAUGCUGCACCUGUCCAGUGCGCCCCUGCUGGCAGAUGUGCUGCGUGGCUACUCCCUCUCCAGCGACAUGGCCCGCAUGUUGUCGUCUGAGGACUUGCACGUCGCUGCAUCCGCUGUCCAGAUGAGUUUCCUCCUGUUGCACAAGCUACCCGCCAUCUUCUCUGUCUGCUUCCGCAGAGAGGGCUUGUUGCACGAGAUGGAGAAGCUGACUCAUCUAGAAGUGAACAUGGAGCUGGCACAGCACACACACUCCACCAGCACUUCCAGGCCAGAUGCGUUCAAGCUGUGUGAGCCAAGGAUGUUGCCAGGAUUGCUGGAACUGACCAGGAACAGACAUUCCAUGUUCGAUGUGGACUCCUCUUCUUCCCCAUCGCCGGGAGAUCUGGAGUGGGGAGAGGAAGAGCAUCCUGUCAGUCACUUGCACAUGGCCUACAAGUCACUACAGGCCAGUGCCGCAUCAGGCUCAAGAGGGGCGCCAGAUAGGAACGAGCAAAUGCUCUCCUCUUUGCUAGGUGUACUUCCUGUCGGAAGCCAGUUCUCCUCGGAUGCCCCCUCGGGGGAGAGUGGGAGCAGCCGCAUGAGCAAUCUGUACAAUAGUAUCGUGGCCGCCAGAAAAGACUAUCCAGUCCAAUCCAGUAAAAAGAAGAAGCCACCUUCCAUGCCCACCACUGCAGCCCCACUUUCCAGUAAGAGGUCCAGGAGAACCAAGUCAGAGAGUGCGCCGCAUGCACAGGAAGGCGUUCCUGUUGCUACUGUGCCCCCCACCAGAUCAGAGCAGACGAACCAGACGCCCUCUCUGCACACCCUCCUCUCCAGAUCCUUCUUCCCCAAUCCCUUCCGAACCAACAGUCAAAUCAGUGACACCAGUUUAAAUGUCCACACUACACCGGCCACAUUGGAUCCGGUCGAUCCAUUUUUGGCUGGCACAGUACAAAACUCAGUCAAACCGAACUCAAGACAAACCUCAACAACUCACAGCUCUAAAGGUUCCGCCUCAGGAGGAGGUGCGGCCAGCUUUUUCUCUAAUCUGAAGCCCAUGAAGUGGCACAUGAACUCCAAGUCAAAGAGCACGCUUCAACUGGACAAGAUGCCCCCUGGCACAAAUGGGACUGCAGCUGUCCCAAUGUCCGCAGGAGUGCCAGUUGGGUUAGCAAAUGGGAGGCUCCACAGCCCUCCGGAAUUCUUCUCCAGUCACUCUGUUCCAACUCCGGCCUUACUGGCUGGUUGGGAGGCAGUGACGGAGGAAAAGAUCAAACUCUGGCUGAAACAGAAGGCAUCUCUCUUUCUGCACACUUAUUCCAAGAACCUGUCGGACUUGGCUGCUGCAGCAGAUACUUUGGACAUCCGCAGUGUCGACUUGGACCAUUUGGCACAACUCCAAGUCGCCAGUCACAGUCUCGACAUCACAAAAAUGACAGGCGACAUCAAAUUGAGUGAGCAGCGAAUGCAGACGAUGCAGCUGCGUGGCUUCGUGGUAGCUCUGCGAGGAGUGUGUGAUUUGCUGGGCUUGGGGGGCCAGCGAGAGACAGCAGCAGGGGGAGGAGGAGGGGGAGGGGGGGCUUCUCCUUUCGAAGUGGCCCAGAGUGGACUGGUGGCCCAUAGUCUGCUCCCCUUCCUCACCCUCCACUCCCCCUCCCCACACCUGGUGGUGGAGAGGACUCGCAGGCUGCACGCAUUCUGCCACGUAUUCCUCAACUGUCCCGAGCCAUGUCAUUCCCUUGUGGACAACAGCAAUUGCAUGGACAUGGGAACCCCACUGAGCUCCAGCAGAUCAGCCGAGGGUCUCAAUGGGCCACCCGCAGGGGACACGGGGAUGUUGGAGGCUCUGGUUUGCAAGCUGAUCCAGUGUCUACAUCAGCUGGAACAGUUUCCGGUACGAGUGACAGACCUGCAGUCCAUUGCAGGUCCAGACAUGUAUUACCCCAUGGAGUCCAUGUCUCUCUCUCACAGUCUAACCCACCCGUCGUCCUCCUCCUCCUCCUCAUGGGCAUCUGCAGGGGGCUCUGGUGGGGGUGGGGGUGGGUGUGCGGGGGCAAUCAAGUUCUUUAACACACACCAGCUAAAGUGUGUGCUGGAACGACACCCGUGCUGUAAGAAUGGUGCUAAGCAGUGGAAGGGCGGCCCAGUCAGAAUAGACCCGCUGGCCCAGAUUCAUUCAGUGGAGAAGUUCCUGCUCGCCAAAGGAGUAGUAGGGGGAAAGGGGAGCGGCGGUGUGGGCAUGGGUGAGCCUGAGCUUGACUCUGACGAGGACGGGAAUGAAGUGCUGCUGGCCAUGCUCACUGGGCAUCACAGCAGCAGCAGCAGACACUCCUCCAACCCACAGCAGCAUAGACUCAAACUAAUCAUAGGACAGACUGAGGUGCCAUACGACUGGACAGUGUACCAGGCCAUACACCAGCUAGGCCACAAACAACACAUCAGCAGCAGUUCCACACAAAUCAGCACCACUCACGACUUCUCCCUGUUCGGGAUGGGGGAUGGAGCAGGACGCAACAAACAGCAGGCAUCCCACAGGACAACCAACAUCUGGUUGAGAACCCACACGAUAUACUAUGCAGCCGCAGAGGAGUGGGCGUCCACAGAGUCGGCCGGAUCAGAGACCUCCAACGCUAACCAGAGUGAGCUCCUGAGUUGCUGGAUGAGUGGUAGGGGAGCUGGAGUAACAGGAACUGGAGGAGAGAAGAGCCAGAGGACGAGUGGGGGUGGUAAAAGUGGGAGAAGUAGUCGCAACUCCACUGACCACCUGUGGAAUGAGGGUCAGGUGCCUGGACUGCGGCAGGAGCAGCAGCAGACGAGUGCCCUGGAGGAGGAGCUGGAUUUGAUUGCGAGUGUGGCAGCUGCAGUGCAAUGUGAGAGGAGAAAGAGCACGAGUGACCAAACAGGAACUGCAGCAGCAGACGUAUCAGACAAGAAGAACAAGGAGAAGGAGAAGGAGUGUUCCAAUAGGGAAGUGCAUGUUCACUCUUCCUCCUCUUCCUUCAUGCAGGACCCCUCGAUCGAAGUGUUGCUGCUCCUCAGGGUGCUUCACUCUCUCAACACCCACUGGAAAACUCUGUAUCAGCAGCCGCAGUCAAUAUUGCACAGUGUGGUGUCCCCUUCCGCGCCGGCGGUGCCUGCUUCCUGUUUCCUCAGUGUCAAGUUACAGUCGAAGGUCUCUCGUCAGCUGCAGGAUCCUCUGGGCGUGAUGACGGGCGAUAUGCCCCCCUGGAUUCACCACAUCCCCCGCAAGUUCCCCUUCCUACUCGACUUCGAAACCAAGAGGACGCUGCUAUAUGUGACUGCAUUUGACAGGGACAGAGCCCUGUUGCGUCUGCAAGAGAUGGCGCAAACUGAGGGGGGUGGAUCAGAGAGGGGAGGGGACGGGGGUACUGGUCAGGGGACUGCAUCCUCCCACCCUUACAGACAGGACUCCUCGGACACCAUCACGCCCAGAUUAGAUAGAAAAAAGCGUAUCGUGACGAGACAGUGUGGGGUGGGGGAGGGGGAGGGGGGCAGUGGGAGUGGGGGAGUGAUGUUGAAGGAGGCGGAGAGUGUGCUGGAGGAGAUGGGCAGUUGGCGGGGUCUCUUGGAGCUGCAGUUCCGGGAUGAGGUGGGCAGUGGUCUGGGUCCCACCCUGGAGUGGUACACUCUUGUCUCUCACCACCUCAUGCGCACAGACCUCCUCAUGUGGAGACACAGCACCACCACCAACACUACUCAACACACACCCACACACUCGCCAUCCAGCCAGCCACCUGCCGCAUUUGGUGGACUGGAUGUAACGAGCAGUGUGUUCGGACUGUUUCCCCGUCCUUACGGCAGAAGUGCGAAGAGCACACUUAUGAGCAAAGUGAGGGCCAGGUUCCGGUUGCUGGGCAAGCUGCUGGCCAGGGCCUUGAUGGACAACCGCACUCUGGACCUGUCUCUGGGAGAGCCAUUCUACAAGUGGCUCCUCCUCGGCCAACAGUGCUGCCUGAAUGCAGACGAUCUGCGUCUGGUCGAUCCGGAUCUGCACCGCAUAUUCUGUCGAUUUCAACAGCUGGUGGAGCGCAAGAAACAGCUGGAAGCAGACACUUCUCUCAAUGCAUCCAGUCUGCAGCUGGCACUGGAGAGCCUCACUCUGGACAAUUCUUCGAUCGAGAGUCUGGACCUGAGGUUCGAGCUGCCUGGUUACGACGUGGAGAUGCGGAAAGGGGGCAGUGACAUGCCAGUGACUAUCCACAACCUGGAACAGUAUCUGGAGCUGCUGCUGCACUGGACUCUUCGGGAGGGAGUGGGGAAACAGAUGGAGGCAGUCAGGGAGGGCUUCAAUUCAGUCUGUCCCCUCCACCACCUGUCCAGUCUCUUCUUCCCCCACCAGUUGGACCAGCUGUUCUGUGGGGGCGUCGAACAGGACUCCGCCCACUGGACCCCUCAGAACAUAGCAGACUGUGCCAAGUUCGACCAUGGAUACACGCGACACAGUGAGGCGGUGGAGUGGUUUCUCACUGCAAUAUGUUCCCUUUCUCCCCAGCAGAAGCGACUGUUCCUCCAGUUCAUCACUGGAAGUCCCAAGCUACCAGUCGGAGGAUUCCGAAGUCUCAGCCCCCCACUGACAAUAGUGCGCAAGGCAGCUGCGGCUCUGAGCGAGGGAGUGGUAGGGGGGACAGAGGAUGAUGUGCUGCCAUCUGUGAUGACUUGUGUGAACUACCUGAAGCUGCCCCAGUACUCCAGUGCCACAGUGAUGCGACAGAGAAUAGUGCAGGCCAUCACGGAGGGACAGCACUCGUUCGACCUCUCCUGAACACCACCAGUUCAGUUCACUAUCCAUCCCUUGAGCCAUCCCAUGUAACGUCAGAGGACAAAAGAAAGGAAGCAGCAACAGAAAGGAACAACUCAACAUGGUCUUGCAUUCAACCGACAAAACAUUUUUAUUUUUUUUGAAACAUCCAUUCAUAAAUGAUUUUGUCUCCUUCAAAAAUGAUAAAAACAUGUUCAAAUGCUUCAUAAAAUAUCAAACUGUUAUGCUGAAAAGCUGGAUGGAAUUAUUUCGUAGUGAACCAGAAGUUAGAUUUAAAAAAAUUUGGCAGUUACUUGUUCAUUUUGUCGCCGAAUAACUAAAUUGAAUUGUAAAUUUUAUCCUUGUCUA